CUGUAUUGACCGGAAGUGAUGAAAACCGUUCAGCUGUCAUGGCUGAAAAGAGGAAUGUUUUAGGGCUACCUCUGCUGUUUUUAUUAUUAACUGUGACUCUUUUGCAUUUAUUUAUUUGUCCGUUCACUAAGGUUGAGGAGAGCUUUAAUUUACAAGCGGCGCACGACAUUCUGUAUCACAGACUUAACUUUGAGAAGUAUGACCAUCAUGAGUUCCCAGGCGUGGUUCCACGGACGUUCCUCGGCCCCCUGUUUCUCUCCGUGCUCUGCUCCCCUGCUGUGUUCCUAUCCUCUCUGCUUGAUUCACCCAAAUUUUACACACAGCUGAUGGUCCGAGCGUCCCUGGGAGUGUGUGUAGUCGGUGCACUAUGGCACAUGCAGAAGGAGGUGAGGAAGCAGUUUGGCUCCACAGUUGCAGGGCUCUUCUGUCUGAUGUGUGCUUCUCAGUUUCACCUCAUGUUCUACAGCACCAGGACUCUGCCUAAUGUAUUUGCACUGCCAAUAGUUCUGGUAGCGUUCACAUGUUGGAUGGCUCAGAAAUACGGCCGGUUCAUCAGCCUCUCAGCUUUAGUCAUCAUCGUGUUCCGGUCAGAGCUCUGCAUCUUCCUGGGUCUCAUGUUACUGAUAUCACUGUUGAGCAGGAAGCUGGGUCUGCUGCAGCUGCUGUACUACGCAGUUCCUGCUGGGAUCCUGUCACUGGCUCUGACUGUGGCUAUUGACUCUUUCUUUUGGAGGAAGAUGUUGUGGCCUGAAGGUCAGGUUUUGUGGUACAACACUAUUCUCAACAAAAGUUCCGACUGGGGAACUUCUCCCUUUCUGUGGUACUUUUACUCUGCCGUGCCCCGUGCCCUGGGCUGCACGCUGCUCUUCGUCCCCCUCGGCCUCCUCGACAGGCGGAUGAGGUUACUGCUGCUUCCCACUGUCGGCUUCAUCCUCAUCUACUCGCUGCUGCCCCACAAGGAGCUGCGCUUCAUCAUAUAUACUUUCCCCGUGCUCAGCCUGGUGGCUGCCCGAGGCUGCUCCUUCAUCUUGUGCAACUACCAGAAGUCCUGGAUGUAUAAACUGGGCUCUGCAGUUGUGGUCGGCCAGCUGUUGAGCAACGCAGCCUACUCUGGCUUAAGCCUUUACGUUUCCCACCACAACUACCCAGGGGGCCGAGCGCUGCAGGAACUACACAGGUUGUUGCCAGGCACCGCAGAUGUCUUUGUUCACAUCGACGCCUAUGCUGCUGAAACUGGAGUCUCUCGCUUCUUAGAGCAGAACAGAAACUGGAGAUAUGACAAACGUGAGGACCUGAGCCUCACACAUCCUGACAUCAAAAUGUACACACACCUUCUGAUGGAGGCUAAUGUCACCAAAAUACAGCAACUCCAGAACACACACCAGCCUCUGACCUUCAUUGAAGGUUACAGCAACAUUGCCUUCAACUUGUUUCACUUCCCACUUGUCAGCGUGCGGUUAGAGAGAAGAACUGUGCUCAUGGAGAGAACGCCUGCAAUCGGAUGACUAAAACAGUGACUUGGUAUCUAAACACCAAAGACAUAGAAGUAAACGUGACCAAAAAAGUGUUCUCAAAGGUUAUAUGUAGACAAAUGUUGCACUACACUGUCUUACAUAUGCUUUAAUGUCUAAAUAGUCUUGCUGUUGUGUAAUUCAUUUAAUUUCUCAUAAAGAGAGAAAAUUAUUCAAGAAAAUUUAA